CGCGCCGAGAUCGCCCCACCUGCUAGAGGCAACGAGGAAGUCCACCGCACCGAACAACCAUACAGUAGUCAACAUCCAAAGGCCGCCCUCAUCGCACAUGGUAUCGUCCGGCCGUCUGUAGUAUAAUGCGCAGGUUCCAAGCUACCGAUAUGUAGCGCCCAGAUUUGCCUACGUACAUAAAGCUAACCCCAGUUGCGCCUCAUGUAAGUGAGUCCUUUUAUCUUCGUAGCUUUCUUAUCUCGCCCGGACGCCAUAGGACACUUCUACACCUGCAGAAUGGCGCAAGUUUUCCUCAUAACGGGCGCCUCGACUGGCUUCGGCGCCCUCGCCGCAAGAGCGCUCGCCAGGAGCGGCCAUACCGUCUUUGCCGGGAUGUACUCGCAUGACGGGAAGACCAAGCAACAUGAAGAUGCAGCCAGCAGCUUCGCCAAAGAGCAUAAAGCCGAUCUGCGCACUGUGUCGCUCAACUUGCUGGACGAAGCUUCCGUGGCCUCAGCGGUCAAGCAGAUCCAUGACCAGACGGGCAAGCUUGACAGCAUUGUCCACAACGCGGGCCACAUGAACUUCGGUCCGGCUGAGGCCUUCACGCCGGCGCAAUACCUGCGCAUGUACGAUAUUAACGUUAUAGGCUGUCAGCGCCUAAAUCAAGCAGCGCUGCCUGCGAUGCGCAAACAGCGCUCCGGCCACCUCAUUUGGAUCUCUUCGAGCUCCGUAUAUGGUGCCGAAUCACCUAUGCUGGGUCCAUACUUCGCCGCAAAAGCUGGGAUGGACUCCCUCGCGCACACGUACGCGCACGAGCUGAAUCCAUGGGGCAUUGAGACGACUAUUGUUAUGCCAGGUGUCUUCACCGGCACAAAUCACUUCCAAGAUGCAGCCAAGCCCGGCGUCCCAGAAGUGGCUAAAGAGUACGAAGAUGGCCCAACAAAAGGCAUGUCCGAGCAAACAAUGUCCGGCACAGCCAGCAUACCACCGCCUGACGCCCACCCUAGCUUGGUUGCCGAUGCUCUUCUUGAGCUGGCAGCCAAGCCACGGGGCCAGAAACCCUUCCGAGUAUACGUAGACCCCGGCCAAGAUGGGUGUGAUCUCGUUGCGCCACUUGUUGAUCGGAUGGGAAACGACUUCUACCGACGACUCGGUUUGGAGAAUGUAACGACAGUGUCGCUUUGACGCAAAGCUUGUUUCUGGCUGAGCUGCUCAACUUGCGGCUAUCGCGCUGAUUUGCGCUGCAUCGGUUUACAUUUGCAUCU